AUGUCGUCAUCUUCAUUAUUUUAUAUUAGUAUUACACUGUUAGUUUUAAUACUACCAGUUGCAUCUGUUUAUAAUGUGUAUUCAUACGAUGAUGGUCAUGGUGGUGAAGAACAUUGUUGUGUAGCACGAAUACGUGAAAAUCUUUGUUUGGCAACACCAAUUACACGAAGUCUAGUACAAGUUAAUAAACAAUGUCAUCGAUUUGAUGGACCUAAUAAACGUCAUCGAUAUGGUGAAAAGAGGAAUAAAAAUGAAUAUUUAGAAAAAAUUUCACGUCGAUUAGAUAUACAAUCAUCAGAAGAAAUUGGUGAUAAAAUACUUCUUGAAUUAAAAAAACCAUUAGAUACACAUAUGGUUCAGAAAGAUCUUGUAUGUUUAGCAUCAAAAACUCAUGAUAUAAAUUUCGAAAAAUGUCAUAUGGAAUUAGUUGAUGAUUCAGAUGAUGAUAUGGACGACGACACCGAUAGCGACGAAGACGAUCAUAAACCACACAAACGUCACAGACACCGUGGAUCUCAUCGUCAUAAUCAUCAUCGUUUUGAUCGUCAAAAACGUGCUAGUAUCAAUAAUAAUACAAAAGAAAGUGAUAUCAUGGAAGAUGAUGAUGUGGAAACUAAACAAAAUAAAGCUGAAAAAGAAACACAUCGAAUGGAACUUCAUCAACCAGUUCAAAUUCGUGAAGGUCGUGGUUUUACAAUUCGUCAAACAUAUACACUUAAUGUUACUGAGAUUUCAAAAACAAAUCGUGUAUCACAGAAAUGUUUAUCAUGGUAUCGUAAAAAGACACGUAAAGUACGUCAUAAUUCUUCAAAACAAUCAAAAUCUUGUACAAAAUUGACUGAUCAUGUUGAAACAUGUAUUAAUCAACUUGUUUAUAGUGAUACUGAAACAAAUAAUCAUCCUCAACAUACAAUAGUUUCUUUCGCCAAAGGAUCAAAAUUAUAUUGUGAAGAUCGAAGUGGCCAUACUAAAUUACUUGGUUCUCUUCGUUUCGGUAAUGUAUGUUUUCGUACAAACGAACAAAUUCUUAUUGAACAAAGUUUUACUGAUAUUGUUGGUUUAUCUCAUAUGAACAAAAAUGAAGAUGUACUUAAAUUUAUCACGGAUAAUAAGAAAUUUGCAGCUGAAUUUAAGCAUGAUUGUCAUGAUAAAUCAACAUUAGUUGAAUUUGUUGCACAAGACAAAGAAUUUCAACAUAAAACGCAUACGAAACAAAUUAAAAAAGAAUAA